CCAUGGAAUCCGACAAGCUGAACGAGUUAAACCGACAAAUAAAUGAGAUUAAAAAGCGCAUUUUGUUGGCAGAGGGCCAAAAGACUGCCAAUGCAGCCGAGUGGCAGAAACAAAACCGCAUUAAUUGCGACACUAUCGGCACCCUGAAAAAGGACAUCAAGGAGCUGACUGUAAAGGCAAGUCGCCUCCGCAAUCCCGUCCAGCGCCCUUUGGUUAUCAAGGAGUCGGGUGGUGAGCAACGCCGGGCGCAGAGUUGCACGCCCACCCUAAUUGUGGGCAAGGCUACGUAUCCUGUUGGAGCCAAAAAUGCUGACGAUGCCAUCUUCCUCACCGAUCUCAAGAUCACCGAGAGCCGAAAGCAAAUGGAUCUGCUGCGGCAUCGCUUCAAAAGCCGGCAGCAACACUUUACCAAGCUGGUGGAGAAAUAUCGUGGUUUGCUGGCCAACAAGGAGGCCCAAAACCAGAAUUUGGGCGAGAAGCCACCAGAAACUCUGGAGGAGGAUGCCAAUAGGAAGCUCGUUUGUCAACUUGAGAACGAGAUCCACCGCACCAAUGUCCAGUGGAUGGAGGCGGAGCACAUUCGCAAGAAGUACCGAUCCAUUGAGGCAUCCCUCAUGACGGAUGCCGAGCGCUUCGAGCGGAGUCUGCGGGAACUGGAGGCAUCGCUUAGCGACCAAAAAGCAGAGGUCGAAAGGCUGCAGCAGGUCCACAAUGAGGCUGUGGAGAUGCGGGAUGCUGCCAAAGUAAUCCUGCAAAGGCAGGAGCAGCAGGCCAAUCUUUCACAGAAGACACGCGAGCGACAGGCUCUCGACUUCCGGAAACAAGUGGAGGCCCGCAAGCUGGAAUUAGAGCGUAUAGGACGCAAACUCUUUGCGGAAACCAAGACGUUGAUCCAUCAGGACAGCGUGGGUUCCAGUUCCGGUGACGGGCAGCACACGGCCAAGACGGAGAAUGGCGAGGAGGAGCCGGCUUCUCAGCUGGAGAGUGUGACCAGCGAUAUGGAGUCGCUGUUCAAGCAGUUGAUGGAGGCCUCUGGCGCCACCUCGCCUUUUGAGGUCUUCGAGCGUUUCAGUGCCCAAAAGGAGUCUGCUGCCCGUUUGAAUUAUUUAAGAAAGGCAGCCGAGGCAGAGAAGGCCAAUCUGGAGGCAGAACGCGAGGCUCUGACCAGCGAACUGGAGGCCUCCAAGUUCUCCGAUGUCAAGGAGAGUGAAGUCAACCAGGAGGUCAUCGAGCAAAUCAAGAACAGCAUUACAGCCAAGGAGCAGGACCGCAAGCUGGACACCGAUGAGGCGGACAAAUCAAUGGGUGUGCUAAAGUAUCUGAAAGAACGCAUUUGCGAGAUUAUCUUCAAAGUCCAGGAAGUGGAUGAGAGCAAUAUCGAGAUACCCGAGAGAAAGCUCCAUGUGAGCGUGGCCGAACUGCCCAAUUUCCUGGCCCACACUGCUGUAGAUGAGGACAUGAUUGAGAUACUCAAAUUAAAGAUUAAGCGCUGUCAGGAGCUGAGCAAGACCGAGGAUGUGCCACCAUUUGAGAUACCCAAGCUGGACAUUGUCGACGAGGAGGAGGAGGAGAUGUACAAAUCGGAGCAGCCCAAGUCCCCAUCUGCGCCCGAGGGCGAGAAGCCCCAACCGAUGCCCAUGUGUUAUUACAAUCUCUUUGCCGGACGAGCUCAGCGGGCAGCGGGCACCUCCUCAUCCUCACCGGAACAGGCGCCGGCGGCGGUGGCCACCACGGACGACGAUAACGAAGUGCCCUCACGUAACUUCCUCAAGCGACAAUCUGUACUUAUUGUUGACUCCAAGUCCAGGCGAAAACCAUUUAGACCUGCUCCCGGAGGAAGGAGAAAGUAA